AUGUCCGCCGUAGCCGCCGCGUUCUCUAUCGGCGCCGCGCGCGUCGUGACCCGUGGAAGCACGCGGGUGACGCACGUCGCGAAGGUCGCCAACUUGGCUGCUUCGCACGGGCGCGGUCGACGCGAUCGGGAGGUCGCGUUCCGUAAUAAUCAUCACGGGGAUUCGUGUCGGGGCUCACGCAUCGUGCCCGUCGUCGAGAGAUUCUCGAUCGUUCCGGCGGCGUCCGGGGAGGAGGAGGCGAUUCCGCAGGACGAGAUCGAUCCGCAGGCGGUUGCGCCCGAGGACUACGCCCUGGUCGUCGAGCUCCUGGACUCCGAGAACGGCGAGGAGCUCAAGGAGAAGGUGGACCUCAUCGCGGGGAACGGCCUCUUGACGGAGGGGGUGGUCAAGGCGGCGCGCGUGGUGGUGGAGCAGAACGAGGCGGCGGGGCAGGAGCAGGACAUCAUCGAGCUCCUCCGUUCCGUCUACGACGUUCUCCUGCGCAAGUUCCAGGAGCUGUACAAGCCAGCCGCGAAGGCGGCGCUCGAGUUCGGCAGCACCCUCAUGGACGUCUUCUCCGCGGAGGAUUUGGAGUUGAUGGAGCAAGGGGAGACGCCGGUGAGCAUCGGCAAGGUGAAGCUCAUGAUGCAGGAGGAGUUCGACAGGGAAGACGGCGACCACGUGGAUAAGAUGGCGUUCGCCAAGUAUCUCGACGAGGUCUUGCCCAUCAUGGACAUGCAGGACGAUAGGCUGCGGCAGAAGCUCGAGGAGGCGCCCGACGACGACACGCAGCAGCGGCUCAUCAUGGUCAUGAUGAGCCGCACGAAGGAGAGGCUCAAGGUCGAGGCGCUCCGAGACAUCGCCACGAACCUGUGA